AUGAGAGUGCUUUCAAAUAUGUUUUCAGUGAAAUCAUUGAUUUGUUUGAAACUUUUGACAAUAAGUGUUGUGUUAUGCUAUGAACCGGAUCUUAAACUAAAAGAAUCGGCAAAUAGGAGACCGAAAACUAUCUUAAUAUUAGCCGACGGUAUUCGUUAUGAUUAUGUCAACGACACGAGUCUUACAGGUUUUACUCGAAUUGCACGUAACGGUGUCCGCGCCAAAUACGUGCAGCCAAUAUUUCCAGCAAAUUCAUACCCCAAUUGGUACACAAUAAUAACCGGGUUGUACGGGGAAAGUCAUGGAAUGGUCCAGAACUACAUGUAUGACCCAAAAGAAAAGGACAUGUUUUUGAUGGCCCCCCACCCCAAUGCGUCGCACCCCCACUGGUGGAACGGUGCCGAACCCAUAUGGAUUAAUGCCGAAAAAAAUGGUCUUAAAACAGGGGUUUAUUGGUGGGAUGGGUGUCAGGUUAAGAUUAAAGGCAAAGAGCCUACCUUUUGCUUAGAGUAUCAGAGCUAUUGGACGUGGCCUAAGCCUACUGAAGACACUUUGAGUGCUUUAAAUGAAAUACUUGAUAAUUUUGAGUCAGAGGAAUGGCAUUUAGGUCUCAUUUAUUAUGAAGCUAUCGAUGCUUUAGGUCAUGCAUUUGGUCCACAAUCUAAGGAACGAAUAGAAGCGGUUCAAGAGUUCGACAAAUUGUUGAAUUCAUUACAAGACGAAAUCGAAAAGAGAAAUCUCGAUAAUGAGGUUAAUGUUGUUGUGGUCAGUGAUCACGGGAUGAUUGAAGUCGAUGAAAGUAAAAAUACAAAAAUGAUUAAUAUUGAGAAUAUAGUGGACGCUAAUGAUGUUGAAGUGAUGUUAGACAGAGGAACAACAUCUUUCAUUAUACCCAAACCCAACAAAGAAACUAAAAUUUUGGAGGCAUUGACUAAAUCAAGAACUAAAGGCCUCAAGUUUUAUAAAAAGGAUGAAAUACCAGUUCGCUAUCACAUCAAAAAUAACCGAAGAGUAUCACCAAUACUUGUGAUGGCAGAGAAGGGAUAUUUUGUACGAGGAUUUUCACAAGAAUCUAAAACUAAACCAGUUUGGGAUGUACUCUACGGGCAUGUCAUUAGUCAUUACUUUUAUUAA